CGUCGUCGUCACAAACUGUGUGGGCAGUGUCGCGAUGAAGUGCCUCUUGUUCUGUGUCCUCGUCGCGUCUGCUCUGGCAGUGCCCAUUUCACAAGUUGAUGAAGACUUCCCAGAAGAAAAUGAAGGAUUGUUUGAGGGAGACAUAGAACUGCUACCUGGCGACAAUCCUCAUGACCGGAACGCCGCUCGUAAUUCACAUUACAAAUGGCCCCAUGGUGUCAUCCCGUACAUUAUUGACACAAGCCAUUUCACUGGAUCAUCGCUGGCUGUAAUCAAAAGAGCGAUUCAGACACUUGAGGACCAAACAGCCGUGAACGGAAAGAAGUGUCUAUCCUUCGUUCCUAGGACAACUGAGUCGGUAUACGUCAAAUACCAGGGUGGAAGCGGAUGUCACACUCCAGUUGGCAGACACUAUGGGAAGUCUGGCAUCACACUGGGAAGAGGCUGUUUGCGAAUUGGAACCAUCAUGCACGAGACGAUGCACGCGCUGGGAUUCUGGCACGAGCAGAGCAGACCUGACAGAGACAGUUACGUCACCAUUGAGUGGAAUAACAUCCAGAAAGGCCACGAGCACAACUUCGACAAGUAUUCCACCUCAAUGGUGGACACGCAGGGAAUAAACUACGACUACGAAUCGGUGAUGCAUUACAGCGCGUACAGUUUCGCCAUCGACCGGAGAAAGCCGACCAUCAUUCCGAAGAGAUCCGGAGUUGUGAUCGGCCAAAGAACGCAUCUUAGCCCCAGCGAUAUCCUGGAGAUUCAGAAGUAUUACGGCUGCGGUACCGGAGGAUCCUCACAUGUUUCAACUCACAGUCCACUACAUACAACACAUGGUCCAGCACAACUUGGAGAACUAUGCACUUUUGAAAGUGGACUGUGUCACUGGACAAAUGUGGGCGGAGACCAGACCAACUGGGUACGUCACAGAGGAUCCACCCCAAGUAUAGGCACGGGGCCUGCUAACGACCACACCACUCUUUCUAAAUCAGGUUACUACCUGUACGUAGAGGCGUCUGGACAUACCCGCCAGACGGCGCGACUGAAUUCCGACCUUCACUCUCCUGGCUACUACUGUCUGGACAUGUAUUACAGCAUGUACGGCCACGACAUGGGCGCCUUAAAGAUCUACGCCCUUCUAGGCUCACACAGGCAGCUCAUUCAUACAUUUAGUGGUGACCAUGGCAACUACUGGCGUCACUACCGACUCAAUCUCCAUGUCACCAAUGGCAACUUUAUGAUUGAGUUGGAGGGAGACGUCGGCCGCAGUUACAGAAGUGACAUCGCCAUUGACGAUGUUACUCUACACAGCGGCAAGUGCUAGCUGCGGCGUGAACAACGUAACAGACCAUAUCUUAAACGAAAAGCCUUUGUUUAAAAACCAUCCAAUUAAAACAAGAAAUAAAAAAGUUGAACACUCGACAUUUCGUCUGUAUAUUACAGACUCCUACAACUGACGACAUGAAACACGCUAUAAUCGUUAAACAGAUCAACAACUGCCACUGGUUUUGAUUAUUAAAAUUAAUUUAUAGCGGGUCUUGUUUUGUUUGACAAUAAAGACAGUUUAGUCACAUA